AUGGAAUCUAUCGAAAUUUGUUUACAUUUUGUAUGACGGCAAUUAUUUUAGUCUAACAGGUUGAAGUUUUCAUCAACUAUAAAAAUUGUGGAAAAAUAUUAUUUGGUAUAUAAACCAAAUGCUAGAGUUUUAAUUGAUCUCGAAUAAAAUAUGAAUCAAGCGAUUUACCUUUAAUCAUUUUGUUUGAUGUAGCUUUGAGAAACCCAACUGUCUUCAUAUAAUGGAUACAUUUCCCAUGGAAGGAUAUAAUGAUAUUAAGGAUAGACCACAACGCAUGCGCAAAGGGCCGAUACGCAAAUGGAGCGAACAGGAACAGAGGAAGCUAAUCGAUUUUUUACGCACCAACUUGCCAAUUGAGAAACCGACUGCAAGAUUAUAUUACCAGCGCUUCUCCCAACAUUCUAAAAUAGCGAUUGAAUGGCGACUAGUGCGAAGCAAAGUGCGAAAUUUGCGUGUUGUAUAUACAAAAGCAAAAUGCUGGCAAAGCUCAGAUGAGGCAAUGCUGCUGAGUGAGGAAAGGCGACGAGAAAUGGUUUUGAAAAUGUGCAAUUUUUUUGAUGAUUUCGAGGAGAUAUCAAAUCGACACGGGAUGGAUAUGCAGUGUUCACUCAAAUCCUUAGAGUUUCCCCAAUAUAGUAAACUAAGUGAUCCAAAAAAUGAUCUAGGUACAUACGGUCAUAUAAUUUCCUGCGUUGGUACAAGUGAUACUGUUCAAACUCAACUCGAACCUGUACCGGAUUUCGCGGAGCCGGAUGUAAAAAUUGAGCAGGAACUUAGCCUACAUGAUUCUACAAUUAGAUAUGACUAUAUGUUGAAUGAAACUUCAGAUUCAUCAAUGGGGGAUACCCCCCACAAACAGUCAUUUAAUGAACCUUCCAGUAUAAACUGUGAGUCGGAUGAACUGAACAGCAGACAUGAAAUGUUUGACGAGCGCGACUUUAAGGAAAGAAAACUAGCUCUGGAAAUUGAAAAAUUCAAUUUUGAAAAAGAAAAAUUUUUCAAAAUGCAAGAGCUACGAAAGUGGGAGCUUCAGAGCCAAGAAAGGAUAAGGAAGCUGGAACUACAAAUGCAAGAGCGAAUAGCAAUUCGUGAUUUAAAUAUCAAGGAACGAAUUGCCAUUAUGGAACUAGAGCGAAGAAAAGAGAAUUAACCUGCGACCUUUUUUAAAUUCUGUAUUUAAAACAUAUCGCUUAUGCGCAAAAUGACUGACAAUUCAAAAUCGUUAAUUUUUGGGAGACACUAUGUAUAGAGUGCACAUACAUAUAUACACAUUCGCUUUUCAACAGGACGCAGCACAAAAUUCUCGCACGAAAUUUUUGCACAACAAAGAAUGAUCUGACGAUUUGUUUUGCUUGACCCUUAGCCGGGAUCGUUUUUUCCUCACGUUUAAGAAAGUCCAAAAUGACCCCAUGUAAUAAAAAAAGAAUUUA